UUCCUCAUUGAUUCACUGCUUCUGGCGCGGAUGCCAGCGUGUUUUGAUCGCGUUAUUGAUUUUUCCAUAGGGGCUUGAGAUCAAACCCUGACAGCAGAGGUGCUAGGAAUUCAAAAGCAAGCCGAAAAUUGAAAGCAGGCGUUUGGGAAAGCAGAGGAAAGGAUCUGAUCUGAUGUGAUCUGAUCCGAUCUGAUCUAGUCUGAUCUGAUCUGAUCUGAUCUGGUUGGAUCUGAUGUGUCUUUGUGGGUUGUUUUUAUUUAUGAGUGCGAUGUGAAUGUGCAUGGCGCGGAUGCUUGGAGCCCAAAGUUCAAGCACAAACACAGCUGUUUGGACUUCUUGUAUAAAAACGAGCGUGGAUACGAUGGACAUCUGGUUACAUCUGGAUGGAUUGGUGGAGAAAGAGGAUAAAAGACGAAGUCGCGCUGGGGAAACAGUAUAAACACAGAGCUGCUGUGGUCGGGAUCAACUGAUGCAACCAUUCCAGUGGUGUAACGGGUGCUUCUGCAGUUUGGGAUUGAUCUUCUCCAACAAGUCGUGCACUAUGCCACCCGUUACAUUUCAGGACCUGCCGGUCAACAUCUACAUGGUGAUCUUUGGGACAGGCAUCUUCGUCUUCGUGCUCAGCCUCAUAUUCUGUUGCUACUUUAUAAGUAAGCUGAGACACCAGGCACAAAGCGAGAGGUUUGGAUAUAAAGAGGUCAUCUUGAAAGGGGACACGAAGAAACUGAAUCUUCAUGGGCAGACAUGUGCCGUGUGUCUGGAGGACUUCAGGGUGAAGGACGAACUGGGAGUCCUGCCGUGCCAACAUGCCUUCCACAGGAGGUGUGUGGUGAAGUGGCUGGAGGUGCGGUGUGUGUGCCCCAUGUGUAACAAGGCCCUGGGUGGAGGAUCGGAGCAACACCAUGGCAUUGGAACUCUGCUGGAUGAACUGGUCUAGAGGAGACAAAACUGGCUCGAGUAUGAAGAGAUACUUUAACUUUCAUGGUUUAAUUUGAAAUUUGACUCCAAGCUGCUGGAGUUUUUGGUUGACACAGGCUUUGUCUCAAACUGGAACUCUGAGUAAACAGAGGAGAAACAUGGCCGAAGAAGAAGAAGGAGCCGAGAUGAUUCAUGUACAUUCCAGCGAUGUUCUGUAAACUGCCACUUAACUGAACACUGCCACUGAUAAGACCGAGAUGGUUGUACACAAUGCUGUGUGUGUGUGUGCACGUGCGCGAGUGCAUGUGUGUGUGUUUUAUCACUAACUCCAGCUACAUUCUCACAAACUAUCAACAGUCCUUCUGAAACACCAGCACGGAUUCAUGAUGGGAUUUUUUUGUAAUGUUUAAAAGUGUUUCUAAACUUGUAACAAUCAUGAUUUUAAAAACUGCAAGUAAUAAUGUUGCCAUACAGUGGCUUUAGCUAGUUUUUCUGUUCUAAGUCUUCUUUUGACAAUUUUCUGGGCCAGAAAUUGGCUUCGCCCCCAGCCACACCAGACCUUUGCCUCUUUUCUCCUAAAAGGCUAUCUAUAAGUUCUAUACAGAAGAAGAAGAAGACAACGGCUUGGUAGAAAUGUUUUUCAAUUGCAAUUCAUUGAUAAAUCGCAUACUGCUUCUUUAAUUUUAAACAGAUGACCAGCCUUUCUUACAAUUGUUCUAGAUUUUAGAAAUGUGCGGUGGAAAAGUGAUAGACAUAGUUUAGGGAAUACAAACACACAAUAUGGAAAAAAAUUACCUCCGAGUAUAAAUUAGUGAAAUCAUUAGCCUAAUUCAUUAUCUAUUUUAUACUUAGUGGACAUAUUUUGCAUAUCAUGUGUGUUUCUAUCCCGUAAAAUAUUUGUUUUAAUUGAAAUUCAUCCCACAAGUGGAAGAAGUCUCUAGAAAUCACAUACUUUAAGGAAUACAAACACACUAUAUACAAAAUAUGGUCAGUGAGCAUUAAUUGACUAAUAUUUAGUGACUAAACACACAGCUGUUGAGUCUUUUAUAGCAGAAACAAGAUAAACCCAUGGGAAAUAUCAAUGUUUACCUCAGAUGUGUUGGUAAAUUAGUAAGAAAAGUCUUUGUAACACUAAAAUUACAGAGUAAUUACAUUUAGCAUUGAGCGCUAACCAAAUUCCUUUGGCUUCUGCCAAAACAAAAAAAAAAUAUCAACAACUCCUGAACUGGAAGCUAUUAAAAAAAAAAAAAAAUCAGUGAAGUCAUGAAUAUUUGAAGAGUGUUCUGUGUAUGUGGAAUUUUUUUUUUUUUAAACAAAUACACAGCCUCCAUUUUGACACAGAACCCUUCAUGUAGAAAAUAUUGUUGCUAGGCAACUUAGAAAUGAGACCCUGAGCAUAAACUAGCUAGUGACAGAUGCUAACUAGCAGAUUCAGUUAGCUAGAUUGUAACAGGGCUUUUUUUAAUGGAUAAUCUAAAGGCAAAAUGACAACAGAAACGAGACAAAAUUGUCAGAAAUAUCAAUAUUUCUCUCAGAUAUGUUGGUAAUUUAGACAUAAAAGGCUUUAUACAGCUGAAAUAAUGCUGUAAUUACUAAACUGCUAAUCAAGUGCUAAUAAAAUCUUAGCAAGGAAAAAGAGCUUGAAUAUUGUCAUGUUUAUGAAAUAUUUCCUAUUAUAAGAUUAAACUAAACAUUAUUAUUAUUAUUAAACCUGUUUCUAGUAAGUCUUUUUUUUUUUUUACAUUUAAGCUGUCAGAUCAUUUUCUGAUUCUAAGCAUUUGUUUCUAGAAAGAAGAAAGAUUAUCUGACAAUAGAAUAUGAAACUGUUGAAAUGUGUAAAAGCGUCUUUAAAAAGGAUAAAUAGAUAAAAAGGAAGAAAGAAAUGAACACGAUCCUGAAUGUAGCAAAAACUGAAUCUGUUUUGUGAAUUUUUAUAAUUAAAUAGUGAAAUAUUUGUAAAAUAUUUGUAAAAAAGAAAGAAAGAGGUGUAUUGCCCAUCUUAUGUUCAUGUGGAAUUCAGCACUGAAUAUGUUGGAAUUGUGUGUGAUCGGUUUGAAUACACAGUGCCAACGUUAGUUCACAUGUGUAUUAAGUUUUUCCUCUCUUUGUGUCUUUCGGUUUUGUAACUGAGUAAAUAUUCAUGUUGAAACAUUCCAUUGUUUAUGUCAGUGUUCAGAAUAAAUCAGAGCUGCAAUGCUUUAGUGUUCACCA